CGCGCGCACCCCGCCCGUGAACCGCUCGCCCGUGACGCCGACGCUCUCCAACAUCAUCUCUCCCAACCCUGCUCCAAGCCUCCGCACCACCUCGCGCCCCUCCUCUUCCCACUCAGUCUCGUCCAGCACUAUGCCCUCGCGCCCGUCCACCGCCACCACCCCCGCGUCCCAGCGCAAGGCAUCCGCGGCCAUGCCCCCGCCUCUCCAGCCCGCGUCCCAUCCAGCGACGCCACCGCCACCCAAGCCCGCCUCGCCCCGAUCGCCGAGGAUCAUCGCCCGCCCAGCUCCCCGCCAGGUCCCCGCACCCGCACCCGCACCAGCACCUACUCUCCCGCCCAAGCCCUCCGCGCCCACAGGACUGGCGAGCCUGCCCCCGAAGCCUGAGGUCGACCCGCCGCCCCCGUUCGCCAUCAGACGCAGCGCGAUACCCUAUGCCCCCAAGUUCCGCCGCACGCCUGCGUCCUCCGUGCUCGUGCCGCUCUCGCCCGCGGAGAUGGAGCGCUACCGCAACUUCCCGGGCGGUGUGGGCACCAUGCUGCUGAGGAAACGCAGACGGGAGGACGGCGGCGAGCUCAAGCGCGAACGGAGCGUGAAGCUGGAAGAGAACGGGGACGAGGAGGAGAGGCGGAAGAGGCGGAGGGUCGGGGACGUCGACGUCGUCGUCGAGCACUACAACGCUCGCCCGGACGUCGGCGUCUCGCAGCGCCAGGAGUCGCCUAUCAUCGGCCUCAAGAGCUUCAAUAACUGGGUCAAGAGCGUGCUCAUCACGCGCUUCGCGCAUCCUGCACUGGCAGAAGGCCCCGUCUCGCCCGCGGAGGCAGAAGGCAUGGGCCGCGGCCGUGCAGGGGAGCGUCCGGGCGGAGUGAAAGGUCGCGUGCUGGACGUGGGAUGCGGCAAGGGCGGAGACCUGACGAAGUGGUCCAAAGCACGGGUCAAGGAGUACGUUGGAGUCGACAUCGCCGCCAUCUCCGUCGACCAAGCGCGCCUGCGCCACGCAUCCCUCCGUAGCGGGCCCCGGUUCGCCGCGAGCUUCUUCGCGCUCGAUUGUUACGAGCACCUCCUGCGCGACCGCCUGCCCCCUGCGGCGCUCGCGCGCCCGUUCGACGUCGUCUCGAUGCAGUUCUGCAUGCACUACGCGUUCGAGAGCGAGCAGAAGGCGCGCUGCAUGCUCCAGAACGUCUCUGAGAACCUGCGCCCGGGCGGGACGUUCAUCGGCACGAUUCCGGAUGCGAACCAGCUCCUGGAGAGGCUCGGCGCGCUGCCGAAGGACGCGCAGGACCUGUCGUUUGGGAACGACGUGUACACGAUCCGGUUCGAGGAGCGCGCGCAGCGCCGGCUCUUCGGCCACCGGUACUGGUUCUUCCUCAAGGACGCCGUCGACGACGUGCCCGAGUACGUCGUCCACUGGGACAACUUCGUGCAGAUGGCCGCGGAGUACGGCCUCGGCGUGAUCUACAGGCGGGAGUUCCAUGAGGUGUUCGAGGAGCACCACGAGCACCCCGAGUUCGCGCCGCUGCUGGAGCGGAUGCACGUCGUGGACAAGGACGGGGAGAGCAAGAUGGACGAGGACCAGUGGGAGGCGGCGAAUAUCUAUAUUGCGUUCGCGUUUGAGAAGCGGUGAGGGGAGGGAUGGGUCUUCGUGGCCCCCUUGUUGGGGCGUGUCCGCGAGGGACUCGAUCACGACGCUAUGGCACGUCCUCCGUCGACGGACGCGCCACACUGCGCACUCAGAAAAUGGCGUGGCCAGGCUAUGUCCUGGCUA